AUGAACAGAGGCAGCUCCUUUGCAAAAAGCCCCAGGGAAGAUAGCCAGAAACCAGAGAAGAACUCCAAGGCUUUCAAGGAUAUUUCCAAAUACUUCUCUAAGAAAGAAUGGGCAGAUCUGGGUUACUCAGAGAAAAUCACCUAUGUGUAUAUGAAGAGAAACUAUGACACCAUGACUGAUCUAGGUCUCAAGACUACCCUACCAACUUUCAUGUGUCCUAAAAAACGAGCCACAAAAUCCAGCGGGCAUGAUUCUAAAGGUCGGAACCCCAGGAAUCAGUAUGAACCUGCUCAGGAGGCUUCCAACAUGCAAGAGAGAAAACACCUGAAGGUGAUGCCCAAGAAGUCUGAAAAGAAAAAAUAUCCUUCGAAGUCAGUACCCAAAACAUCAGGCUCAGAGCAGGCUCAGGAACAGCUGUGCCCCCUGGGAAAAGAAGAUACCUCUGAUCAGCAGAGUAUGGAAACAUCAGGACCCAGGAGAAGGAAGAUUGAUGACUGGACCCACAGUCUGCAGGAAAAAAAGAACUUAGUGGUCUAUGAAGAGAUCUGUGAUCCCAAGGAAGAUGACUAA